CAUGGAAGUUUGGAUUUCGAGAGUAAACAUUAAUUGACAAGAGGUAUAUAAUUGUACUAAGGAGAAGUACCACAAACAACUUGAUUGCGUAAAACUCAUUAACCCCCUCCCCCCACAACAAUUCUUAGGAUAAUAAACUUAACUAUGGAUAGUGAUAGGGAGAGCGAGAGACUGUUUUCCCUACGGUUGUCUCGGGUGAUGGGGGAUAUCGGGGUCAGCAGAUGGAUGAUUGCCAGGAGGAGGAGAACACAUUUCAUGAUGGAGACUAUCGAAAAUGUUGGUCACUGGUUCAGUGAUGUGAAUGUAACUAAAUACAUAUUUGGCAGUCAGAGUGAGGCCACAACAGCAACUGGGAUGGCAUCUGAUACUGACCACUUCGAGUGUAUUAAGAAUGAUGAGGUAAUCCUUAACUGGAAUAACUGGCAAUAUGGAAAUGCAAAUCUUCUGGUGUUAAAGGAUGAGCUCACUCCUCCUCAACACUGCUACUUGCAGAGACUGAGAAGUGACUGCCCACUAGCAGCAGUACAAACAGAGAGCCCUGAUGAUGCGCUAGAUGGGGAGGGGAGAGUUAUACUGACUAAUACAUCGCUCGAAGUACAGGACAUUGUGCAGCGCUUUAGUGAGUCAGGUGAAAUAAUUCGACAUGGCCCAUCAAUGUCACAUGAUGAAAUGUUUGACAAUGUCCGCGUCCACCAUUGUGGCCAGCUACCCCAGGAAUGCCAGUUUAUGUUCCACAGACCACGCCCUGGGCACUGGCCAAGACCUGACACACUAGCCAGGGCCAGGGAUGUUGGAGUCUUCCUAGUGCCACAGGGAUAUACUGAGAGCCCAACUAAGCAUUCUAUGUGUAGGUCUAAAGCAUUAAUGGUUCCUUCAAAGUUACCCAGUUACCCUUAUUCAAAAUGGCAGUGGAGAUUUUCAACUACACUGAUGGAACGAUUUCUAAUGUUCGACUUUAGCCAUGUUCAGGUGAAAACAUAUACACUCACCAAAAUAAUAAGAAAAAAUAUAUCCAAGCCUUUGUACGGAGACAGAUUUAGCACUUUUCAUAUUAAAACUGCAAUGAUGUUUACAAUAGAAAACUAUCCAGCUGAGAUAUGGAGGGAAGACAAUAUUUUGAAAUGUGUAUGUCUACUUUUAAAAACAAUAAAAAGAUGGGUUAAACGGAAACACUGUCCCCACUUUACAAUCUCUGGCGUUAAUCUGUUUGUGGGAAAGUUGAACUUUUGGGAGCUUCCAAAACUGUGCAGCAUGAUUUCACAUCUCGUCAACACAAAACUGCAGUGUUUGUUCCAUACUCAUAUGGACAAUAUUGGUUUGAGAUUGCUUAAAUGCUCAGGUUUUGAGAAUGUAUCACGGCAGAGUGUGAGCACAAGAACCCAGACCUGUAGUGUUGUUCUACAGAAACUAUUGUAAGAAGAAAUACGUGACCUUACGCUUGUUUUAGAUAGAUUGAUAACUGAUAAUUCAGGUGAUGACAUUAAAAGUCAUUUGUUUGUUCUACAGAGUAUGUCAGAUACCCGAAGUGACCUAGAACAGGAUGUAGUUUCUCGGCUGACCCCAUUCCUGUGCAGCACCCUUGCCUCCAUCCUGGCUUCAAGGUGCAUCGAUUUGGGUCAAACAAUCACACAGGAUAUCUUUAACUGGUACCAGCUUUAACUGGAUUCAGACCUUAUGUCCAGUGUGUUGAAGUUUGCCUCCAUGUUGUACUGCAGAUGGCACUAUGAGAGAGCUGCAGAAGUACCGAGUUACUGUGAAGGGCUGCUGGAACAACUAGAAUUGUGCCAGUGCUGUGGACAUUAUGAAAGGGCCUGCCAAGAACCAAGCACCGAGUUUGAGAACAAGUUGAUCACCACCUCAAAUACAGAAAUGCUGAAGAAAUACAUAAUGAUUUGUAUAACCUUCACAAGAGAAGAAAUGAACUGUUUUCCCCAACAUCUUACAUUUUAAAUGUUCAGGGGUAUAAAAGGUGAAGACAAACUAGGUACAGCGAAGUGGAAGUACAAUGUAGUCACUGAUUGUAUCCCAUUCCUGUACUACUUACAGCAUCUCAACUCCAGGGAACUACACCAACCCUGGAUAGCACAAAUAGCCCUUCAUAACCUACACGAGUACACAAUGGACACAAUGGAGACAGAACAUGGCCAUAUUGACACAGCCUUCAACAUGCUGGGUCACUGUUAUGAACUUCAGAACAGGCAGGACUUAGCUUGGAUGUGCUACAACAUCUCAAUGGAAAUCUAUGACAGAUGUAAUGCGUCAAUCUGGCACGCAGCCAGGCUACUUUAUCAGUUCUUACAAAGCUGAUAGCCAUAUUGACACCGCCUUGAACAUGGUUGACCAAUGAUAUGAACUUCAGAUCUGACGGGACCUGGCUUGGAUGUGCUACAACAAAUUAUUUUGAUUUCAUGACAGAGACAAUGUAUCCAUGUGGCAUGCAAUUAGGAUACUACAUCAGUAUUUAUGUUAGAACCCGAGUCUUCUAUUUUCAAAUUUUAUUUCUCAUUUUCCUUUUAACCACAAAUAUAUGUACAUGUAAAUCUUAGUUUGAAUAUAUGUGUUUUAUUUUAUGUUAGAAACCAGAAUAAAUA